AGAUGCGUCUGUCUCAAUCACCACUAAUGCGGAUUGAGCGGAAGGACAGGGUGUGACAUAUCCGGGUGCAGCUUAACGACCAACACAAAGCCCUUUCAAUCCCAGCCCCGACGUCUCUCAACGGAGCCGCAGCGGGAAGACGGGACGCGAGGAAACGAGCACCGCAAAGCAGAGAGCAGCUAGCCCCGGGAGAGGAGCCGGACCGGGUGCCGGGCAGAGAGGCGACCUCUGUGUGUCAGACCUGCGGAAAACAUGGCAACCGAGAUGCAUAACCUUCAAGAGCUGAGGAGAAGUGCAUCCCUGGCCACCAAAGUGUUUAUACAAAGGGAUUACAGUGAUGGAACCAUGUGUCAGUUCCAGACCAAGUUCCCACCAGAACUGGAAAGUCGGAUUGAGAAGAAUCUAUUUGAGGAGACUGUGAAGACAUUAAAUUUAUUUUACAUGGAAGCUGAAAAGAUUGGAGGCAGUUCUUACUUGGAGGGCUGCUUAGCCUGUGUCACAGCCUAUUUUAUUUUCCUAUGCAUGGAAACGCAUUAUGAAAAGGUGUUAAAGAAGAUCUCCAAAUACAUCCUGGAGCAAAACGAGAAGAUUUAUGCUCCCAGAGGCUUACUAAUUACGGAUCCAGUUGAGCGUGGAAUGCGUGUUAUUGAAAUUUCAAUUUAUGAGGACCGAUGCAGCAGUGGUAGCAGCAGCAGCGGAAGCUCCAGCAGCACCAGCAGUGGUGGUGGAGGUGGCGUCCCCAAUCGGCCCCGAUGACUGGCAGAGAGUCCCUGUGGGGACCUGUACUGCCGAGAUGACGGCCUCUCAGAAAUCAGAAGACUAAGAUAUCAGAGCACACGGUUUUAACACUAGGCCAUGCUUUUUACAGUAGGACCUGGUAGGAGUUAUACAUCUGGUGCAAAAUCUUCUCAAUGACUAAAUGAGCCAUGCAUGGAAUCCACUCAUCAAAAAAAGCAAAUCUGGACUUCUGAGAAUCCGAUUUUAGGAAGCAUUGUACCGAACUGAUUUUUUCUAGCUCUUAAGUGAUAUAUGAGACUUUAUGUAUGUGAACAUAAAUAUAUAACUUACAUUAUUGUAAAGGAUCUCCAUAUUUCUUCUUUGUGAUACAGUUAAAAAACAUAGAAGACCAUCAA